UAUAAUAUUUAAAAAUAUUCAAAGGCUAUAAACAUGUUUUUCUUUGCAUAAUUUAAAUUUAUUUUCAAGCGGUUUCGAAGCGGAUACGUUUGCUUGCGGGCACCUGGCGGGCGAAGUACGAGUUGCUUCGAGAGGCAUCGACAAUACUCGUGUGCAUCCGGCGGAUGCCCGCAGACGGGCGUGUGACGCUGGCCGCUGGUCUAUAACGGGCGUUGAGCAGAGGCGUUACUAACCAUGUCGAAUACAGACAACCGUAAUUCCACAAGAGUGAUUCUCGAAGAACUUGACGCCGAGUUAUUUAUUGAAGAGGUAAAAAAAUUUCCCGAAAUAUGGGACCUGAACUCCGAGGAAAAUAGGGAUAAAAAGAAAAAGAAUGCGGCAUGGGAGAAAAUAUGUGAAAAAUUCUGUGCGAAUUUUGGAGAAAAGACCGAAGAAGAGAAACAAGAUCUUGUUAAAAAACAUAUGAACAGAUGGAGAAAUAUACGUGAUCAAUAUCUGAGGACUGUUCGCAAGAAGAGGAGGUACAGCAACCAUAACAGACAAUAUAUCUAUGCACGUCGACUGUCCUUUCUACAAGAACUGGAUAAAGCUGCAGCUACAGCAUCCAGUUUGGAUGGCGAAGAAGCUGAGGAAGCAGUGGCUACUGAUGAUGAUCAAAUGAAUAUGCCUUUUGUCACAAGCAUGAAGGAGGAGCCAUCGAUAAAACAACAGAGGGAUCUAGACCCAUGUUUAAUUGAUCAUUUACAAACACCAGUUCCUUGUAGCGUUGAUGAAAUUGACGAUGAUAAAUCGUUCUUUAAUUCCAUACUUCCUUUAGUGCGGUCAUUCAAUAUCGAACAGAAAAUAGAAUUCAGAUGCGAGGUUCUAAUGCUUAUUAAAAAAGUCAGGACAUGAAACAUUCCAUCUUCUCUGUACACAUCAACAUCCAUGCAAUUAUUAUACAACAGUGUUCUGUGUACAAAUAUUAUGUAAUAUGUAGGUAUAUAUUUUUAUAUGUAUAUAUAUAUAUGUAUAUUCGUGAUCUUUGUAUCGUUUGUACAUAUUUUAUCAAAAAGAUAAUAGAAGUGUUAUGGGGGAAAUAAUAUGAACCAAAGUUAAUGUAAAAAAUAAAUAAGAUUAAAAGCUUUGUU